AUAGAUUCAAGUCCUUUUCGUCUCGAUCUUGAAGGUCUCCCGAUCCGAGGGCAGCUGACCGGAGGGUUUCUUGCUUGUUCUGUUCCUUGGCUUGCUCGAUCCGAUUGGCUCUCUCCCGCUGGGGCCUUUUCGAGCUCGGCCGGCUCGUAUUUGGUCCUUUUAGCGGAAGAUCUGUUUGUGCUUGUGCUCUUUGAGUGGGAUUAGUUGAUUUACAAACUGCUGUUCAAUCGUUGUCGUUCGUGGGUCGGUGGAGUGAGAAGUGUAGGCAUAGAGAUGAAGGGUAUUGUUGGGAUAUACGAGCUUCCAGAAGAGGAGGAGCUAAGCGAUCAGUAUAUUCGAAGGAAGGUGGUCAGAAAAGGAAUGUGAUAUUUGUGAAAAGCCAUUAGCUCUGGAUGUCCCAUCGGCUAUUGUGAAGGCCACUGAUCUGAAUCUUACUCAUCAACGUUUAUGUGCUAUCGUGAUGUAUUCCAACAAUUUUAACAUGACCUAAGAUUUGUUGCGUCUAAUGUAAAAGAAGCCUGCAGCUUCCUCAAUCUAUCAUCUUUCUGUAUGUUGGGCGGUUUUCCUUGAUGUCAUGUAGGCAACAUCAGUUUGGCAUCAAUUUUGCUGUUGUUUGCAGGAGCAUUAUAUGCUUCUGUUAGAUGUGGAUAUUCUGGUGGAUGAAAUUUUAGCUUGCAUUUCUUGAUUAAGGUGCAGAAGUGACUGAAAGUGAUUUUUUUUGCCUUCCACACUUACAAAAAUAGUGGAUGGUUAACACUGAAAGUUCUGUUGUUGCUCUUUCUGCUGAAUUUGAAUUGAAUGAAGUAUCUAGCUUGAGUCAUCAGCAUCUCUAAUCAAGUGAUUGCUUGUUCUCAAAUUGAUCUUUGUGAAAAGGUCUUUUCCUAGUUGGAGGCAUAACACAUUAGUGCCGUUACUACAGAAGCUCUUUCUAAGCAAUGGAAACAGCUGGACACGUAGCAUCUAAUCUUUUCCCUUCUCUUGGUCCUGCACUUAUGAUAUCUAUGGGAUAUAUUGACCUUGGAAAGUGGGUGGCAGCUGUGGAGGGCGGGGCCCGAUUUGGAUAUGAUCUUGUGUUCUUAGUACUCUUCUUCAAUUUAACUGCAAUUUUUUGCCAGUACCUUGCGACAUGUGUUGGCAUGGUCACACAAAAGAAUCUUGCCCAGAUUUGCAGCGAGGAAUAUUGCAGAUCGGCAUGCAUAGCAUUGGGAGUUCAAGCAGCAUUAUCCAUGAUUACUUCUGAACUUACUAUGAUACUGGGAAUUGCAUAUGGGAUCAAUCUUUUAACCAGUGUUGACUUAUGGGCGUGCAUCUGUUUAGCUGCAGUCGGUGCUGUUUUCCUGCCAUUUAUCACCUUGUUGGGGAAAAGGUUGAAUGAAGAAAUAUACAUAAGCAUAGCAGGGUUUUCUUUGCUAUUUUAUGUACUUGGUGUACUAAUUAGUCAACCAGAAAUCCCUCUUGUUAUGGAUGUGAUUUUUCCCAAGCUGAGUGGCGAAAAUUCCUACUUGCUUAUGGCCCUUCUUGGUUCAAAUAUAAUGGCACAUAACUUCUAUAUCCAAUCUUCAAUUGUCCAGCGGCAGAGGGUACUUCCAAAUGCUACAAUGGGUGCCUUAUUUCAUGACCAUUUUUUCGCGAUCGUGUUCAUUUUUACCAGCAUCUUUCUGGUGAAUUAUGUCCUGAUCAACUCAGCAGCAGCAUUUUUUAACAGUACAGAUAUUGUGUUCAGUUUUCAAGAUGUUUCUUUGCUGAUAGACCAGGUUUUUGGGACUCCUAUUGCACCUAUCGCAAUUUUUCUGGUCCUCCUCUUCUCUAGUCAGAUUACUUCUCUAACUUGGAAUAUUGGAGGGCGACUGAUCUUGCAAUAUCUUUUUGGUGCAAACCUCUCGUCGUGGGUUCAUCAUUUCUUUGUUAAAGCUCUUUCCGUUGUUCCAGCUCUCUGCUGCGCAACAUGUGCAGGUUCUGAAGGGAUAUAUCAGUUGCUUAUUUUCUGUCAAAUCAUACAGGCUAUGCUUCUUCCAUCUUCCGUGAUUCCCCUUUUUAGAGUCGCAUCAUCAAGAUCACUAAUGAGAGCCUUUAAAAUCUCAUGGCAUAUGGAAAUCUUGGCUCUGUUCGCAUUUUUUGGAAUGCUUGCAUCAAAUGUCAUCUUUAUAACAGAAAUGUUAUUUGGAAAUAGUAGUUGGAUCAACAACCUUGGAGGAACUAUGGGAACCACUGUGAGAGUCCCAUAUGCUGUUAUUCUUCUUCUUGCCUGUACAUCAAUAGUUUUCAUGCUGUAUUUGGCAGUUACACCAUUGAAAUCCGUGAGUGACGGGCCUGAAAAUGAAAUAUGGACCUCGCAUACCUGGAAGUAUCAGCACGAGUUGUCUGAGGUAAGGGAAGACGACGAUCAGGAUAAAAUUGCAUCUGAUGAAGAUCAAAUGUUUCCAGCGGAACCUACCUUGGAGAAUUCCACAGAGAGCCAUCAUGAUAAAUCAGUUAUUGAGGUGAAUCUUCUGCAGUCUGGUACAACCAUGGAUCCUGAAGAUGAGCAUUAUCAAUCUCACAAUUCCAAUGACAAUGGUCCUUGCACUUCCCCUGUUUAUUCUACUGUGGAACCAAUACCCAUUAAUGAAGUUGAUUUGGAAACUGUGGAUAAGUUGUCUGCUGGUAAUUCAUCAGAUCCCAGUGUAUUAAAAAGAGUUGAUCAGAUGGAACCAGCUCAAAAAGACUUGGCAUUAGAAGGGGAUAAUUACACAGAUAAAGAUAGCGAAGGGACUUUGGAGCUUGAGGAGUCUCUCAGGGAACCUAUGUCAGCAACAGCAACUGAGGAUUCAGGAUCUGUUCAUUGUGUCAAAGUACAAGGUUUUGAUGGUGGUAAUGGCAGCGGAAGCUUGUCCAAACUGUCUGGAUUAGGUCGUGCAGCUCGACGUCAGUUGGCAGCCAUCUUGGAUGAAUUCUGGGGUUACCUUUUUGAUUUUCAUGGGAAGCUAACACAAGAAGCCAUGGUUAAAAAGUUUGAUGUUUUAUUGGGAAUGGAUACAAAAGCAGUUAAUUUUUCUGUGAAAAUGGAUGCAGUAACAGAGUCCUCUAAUAGUUUCUUUAAAGAUACAGAUAGGGCAACGAUUUUCCCAGCCAAUUCAAUUGAAUAUAACUCUCCUAAGGGAAGGAACUUGUCCAGUUUAGAGUUCCUUUAUGGAGCUAAGAUGGGAAUGACAUCUUGGUCUCACGACAUGCAUCUAUCAAAUACUCCUUUGCAAAGCUCGUCUAGCAGCCUACUUGAGCCUGUACAAAAGACUUACUCCAGCUUGCACCUGCCUCAGUAUUCUGAUAAUCGGGAUUACCAGCCAGCAACAAUACACGGGUACCAGAUUGCAUCUAAUUUAAAAGGAAUUGGUGCAGGGAGAAGUCCUUAUUCCUCAUAUGCUUCACUGGACCCUCCAACUACUAUCAAAUCUGCUGUGCCUUUUGUUCCAAGUCUCAGAGAUUCAGUCUCGUAUGCACAUAGGCAGGCUGGACUGAACUCACUUAGAACAUCUGGUUUGCACAACCCAACAGUGUCUAGAGCAAGCGGAGUGCAAAUAGAAGCCCCUUAUUAUGAUCACGGCUUUGUUGAAUCUAUAGAGAGUGUUGACUCUUCUUCCUAUGCAAAGAAAUACCAUAGCUCUCCAGACAUUUCUGCACUUAUUGCUGCUAGCAGGAAUGCCUUGAUGAAUGAGAUGAAGUGGGGCGAACCUAUUGGUCCCAAGCCAUUCUUGGGUCGGAUGACAUCUGGACAGUCACAAUUUAACCCUUUAUCCAAGACUGGAUUUCCUUUGGCAUUUGAUGAAAUUUCUCCACCCAAACUCCAUGAGGAUGUCUUUUCUCUUCAGUCAAACUUGAACCAAAGUGCUAAGUCUCUUUGGUCCAGACAACCAUUCGAACAAUUAUUCGGUGUGAUGAAUAGAGAGCAGAGUAGGGGGGAUGAAUCACUUAAUGACAGAACGAGAAUUGCUUCUAGAGAAACUCUUUCGUAUUCAGAGUUGGAAGCUAAGUUACUCCAAGCUCUCCAAUUUUGUAUUGUGAAGCUCCUGAACUUGGAGGGAUCAGACUGGCUGUUUAGACAAAAUGGUGGCUGUGACGAGGAACUUGUUAAUCGAGUGGUUUUGAAUGUGAAAACAUUGCGAGAAUCCGGAACUCAUGAAAUUAAUCAGUUGUACUCCAGUGAGAUUCAGUACUUGUCUUCAGUUCGAAAGCCUAUUUUGGUCCAGAAAAACGAGGAUGCAGAUUCUGCUUUUCCUUUGUCAUUGCCUAAUUGUGGUGAGAGUUGUAUAUGGCGUGCAUCCCUGGUUGUGAGUUUUGGAGUUUGGUGUGUUCGGCGCAUCUUGGAGCUGUCGCUUGUGGAGAGUCGGCCAGAGCUUUGGGGAAAAUACACUUAUGUUCUCAACCGCCUUCAGGGAAUUCUUGAUCUUGCAUUCCUGAAGCCCCGGCGUCCCCUUGCCAACUGUUUAUGUUUUGAAGAACAACUAAAAGAUAUGAAGACUUUCAACUUCUCAUUGCCAAAUAUAUCAUACAAAAUUGGAAAACCAAUCAAGGGAUCCUUUACGACAGCAAAUAUGAUUCUCGAUAUCAUUAAAGAUGUUGAAAUUGCAGUUGCUGGUCGCAAGGGCCGGACGGGCACUGCAGCAGGGGAUAUUGCAUUUCCGAAAGGGAAAGAAAACUUGGCUUCGGUGUUGAAGCGAUACAAGCGUCGGCUCUCAAACAAGUUUCCUGGAGCCCAUGAAGGUACUUCAGCUCGCAAGACCCCUGCAAAUUCCUUGGUUUUAUAGCAUGCAAGGAAAGAUGCUGUUAGAAAUUUAGGAGUCAUGAGUUUUUUCGUUGAAAAACGUUUUAGGUUUCAGAGUUUGUUGGGUUUUUCCCUUCCAGGUUUCCCAUUCCAUAUAUUUGUAUAAGAAUUACAAGCAUAUUAAGUGGAGAAGAAAAGGGCAAACAGAAAUAUGGAUGCUUCUUUGUUUUACCAACAUUUUUUCACAAGCAAUUUCGGAUCUUCCUUAGAAAUUAAUAGAUUUGUUUCCUUCUACUUGUA